UAACAAAAAAUCCAACAAAAAAAACAAAAUGUCCCAACCGACAACAAAUCGUUGCACUGCCAAUGACAAUGAGGCGCCACCUAUGAAGAAGGAGGAUGGGGAGGAGACGGAAGCCGAGGAGGCGGCUUCUGGCCCAGUGCGUUAUUUGCAUGUGGGGGGACGUCAUCGACGGAGCAUUUCACAGCUGAUGGCAAGCAUGGCUGUACACCCUGCCGAUGAUGUGUAUAGGCCAACUCACUAUGUUGGCUAUGUAAAUCCUGGCUAUGAUAAUAUAUUAGACAAUUCCUACCUCUUUGCACAAUUUGAGGCUGCCGCCGCCAUGGCCGAUGCUCAGAAUGGUGCCUCAGCUUUGCCCCCCUAUGCCAAUCAUUCGACACCGCGACCGUAUCGAAUGGAUGAGUAUAAUGAUGACGUUUUCGAGGAUUGCACCGACGAGGCUGUCGUUGAAGAGGAUGAUCAAGACGACCAGGAGGAGCAAGAUCGUCAUAAUCGAUGUUUACCUGAAUUUCAAUUCUCUCUAGUCGAUUCGGAGUAUGAUGAAACGUUAGAGUUUCCCGAUUCGGUGACAAUAUUAUCCAAUGUGGGUGAUAAACCAGUUCUGGUCGAACGUAAAGAGACUGAUGACGAUGAUGAGGAAUAUUAUGAUGAUGAGAAUAGUGUGGUAAUACGGCAGGAGAUACCAUUUCCCAGCAUUUAUGGGCCCAGUGUUAAGUUUAACUCGUUUCAACGCAAGGUCUUCAUUCCGGGACGUGAGAUUCAUGUGAGAAUUGUUGAUACCGAUCGGACGGUGACAACGCAUUUGCUGAAUCCCAAUCUAUAUACCAUUGAACUUACCCAUGGACCCUUCAAGUGGACCAUCAAGCGACGUUACAAGCAUUUCAAUUCACUGCAUCAGCAAUUGAGUUUCUUUCGCACUUCCCUCAAUAUACCCUUCCCAAGUCGUAGUCACAAGGAGAAAAGGACUACUCUGAAGGCCGCUGCGUGUACAAUGGCCGACGAGUCAACGCUGAAAGAUCUGUCAGCUCACACCAAGAUCAAGCACAUGACCUUGCCCCAAAAUAAUAAUAAUUCGAGUGGUGAAGCAGUCUCAGUGAUAACAAAUCCUCCCAUACACAGUUUGAUUUUGGCCAACUUUACUCCUCGACGUAGUCAGCGUAAGCCAAAGAAGAAGAAACGGAAACUGCCACGCUUCCCCAAUCGCCCGGAGAGUUUGGUCACUGUCGAGAACAUGGCUGUGCGCAUCAAGCAAUUGGAGGAUUAUCUUUAUAAUCUGCUGAACAUAAGUUUAUAUCGUUAUCAUCAUGAGACGUUAAACUUUGUGGAGGUUUCGAAUGUGUCCUUUGUCUCGGGACUGGGCAUCAAGGGCAAGGAGGGUGUAAUACUCAAGAGGACGGGCUCAACACGUCCCGGACAGGCGGGUUGCAACUUUUUCGGGUGCUUCCAAAAGAAUUGUUGCAUUCGCUGCAAUUACUUCUGCUCGGAUGUGGUGUGUGGCACUUGGAGAAAUCGUUGGUUUUUUGUAAAGGAGACCUGCUUUGGUUACAUACGACCCACCGAUGGCAGUAUACGUGCCGUGAUCCUCUUCGAUCAGGGUUUCGAUGUCUCGACGGGCAUCUAUCAGACGGGCAUGCGGAAGGGCCUACAAAUUCUCACCAAUAAUCGGCAUAUUGUCUUGAAAUGUUGGACAAGACGCAAAUGCAAAGAAUGGAUGCAAUAUCUGAAGCAAACAGCUCACUCCUAUGCCAGAGAUUUCACCUGUCCCAAUCCGCAUAUGUCGUAUGCGCCCAUGAGGGCGAAUACCCAAGCCUCUUGGUACGUAGACGGCGCCCAGUAUAUGGCCGCCGUGGCUGAUGGCUUGGAGGCAGCCAGUGAGGAGAUCUACAUAGCCGACUGGUGGCUGAGUCCCGAGAUCUAUAUGAAGAGACCAGCUCUCGAUGGGGACUACUGGCGGCUGGACAAGAUAUUGUUACGCAAAGCGGAACAGGGUGUUAGGGUCUUUGUUUUGCUCUACAAAGAGGUGGAAAUGGCUUUGGGCAUCAACAGUUAUUACAGCAAAUCCACUCUGGCCAAGCAUGAGAAUAUUAAGGUCAUGCGUCAUCCGGAUCAUGCCAGGGGAGGCAUUCUAUUGUGGGCCCAUCAUGAGAAAAUUGUCGUUAUUGAUCAGACUUAUGCCUUUAUGGGUGGCAUUGAUCUUUGCUACGGGCGUUGGGAUGAUCAUCAUCAUCGCUUAACCGAUUUGGGCAGCGUUUCAACAUCCUCGGCAUCGGGAAGCGCUCGUCGUACUCCAACCAUUUGCAACAACAACAAAGACGAUGCCGAUUCGGCAUUUGGUUCACGCAAAUCAUCACGCAACACCCACUACGAUACCACAGCCAAGGGACAGGCGCCCUUGCCACCAACAGUUGGCAUAGAAUUGCGCACCCUCAAGCCCGGCGAUCGUCUCCUUAUGCCUGAAUUACUCUCGGCUGCCUCAAGCGAUUUGAGCCCAGAUUCCACUGAUCUGGAGGGCAUUAAAUUGAAUACACCCGAAAUGGAGCGAAAAAAUAUGUUGGAUCGUCUCAAGAACAACGCCAUGAAGGGGGCAAGAAAGGGCAAGGAUUUUAUGCAACGUUUGGGUGGCGGCAACUCAAGUGGUGAGGAAGAUAAUGCCGAGAAUGUCUACACCAUAGACACAGUGGAUGCCACCGCCACGAAGGUGGAAGCAACUGCUUCCACUUCGGCGGCCAAUAAUGCACAAAUACUCAGUGAAUUCUAUGGCCAGGCUAAGUAUUGGUUUGGCAAGGACUAUUCCAAUUUCAUACUCAAAGAUUGGAUGAAUCUGAAUGCACCCUUUGUGGACAUAAUAGAUCGCACCACCACACCUCGGAUGCCCUGGCAUGAUGUGGGCAUGUGUGUGGUGGGUGCCUCAGCCAGAGAUGUGGCCAGACAUUUUAUACAGCGUUGGAAUGCAAUGAAAUUGGAAAAGUUGCGAGAUAAUACCAAGUUCCCAUACCUCAUGCCCAAGAGUUAUCAUCAGAUCAGAUUGAAUUCCAAUCUGCAGCAAUUGCAGCAGCGGCGUCAACAGAGGGUCACGUGUCAGCUUCUGCGUAGUGUCUCCGCCUGGAGUUGCGGCUUCAUCGAGGGGGAUUUGGUGGAGCAAAGCAUACAUGAUGCCUACAUCGAGACCAUAACAAAGGCCCAGCAUUAUGUGUAUAUAGAGAAUCAGUUCUUUAUAACCAUGCAAUUGGGCAUGGGUGUGCCCGGGGCCUAUAACAAUGUGCGGAAUCAAAUUGGCGAGACACUUUUCAAGCGCAUUGUGAGGGCUCACAGGGAACGACGAACAUUUAGGGUCUUUGUGAUUAUGCCUCUACUGCCAGGUUUCGAAGGAGAUGUGGGUGGAAGCACGGGCAUAGCUGUGAGGGCCAUUACACACUGGAAUUAUGCCUCCAUAUCCAGGGGACGCACUGCCAUUUUAACACGUUUGCAGGAGGCGGGAGUUUCAGAGCCACAAAACUAUAUAUCAUUCCAUAGUUUACGAAAUCAUUCCUAUCUGAAUAAUAAUCCCAUUACGGAACUAAUAUAUGUGCAUUCCAAGCUGCUGAUAGUCGAUGAUCGUGUGGUUAUUUGUGGUUCAGCCAAUAUCAAUGAUCGUUCAAUGAUUGGCAAAAGAGAUUCGGAGAUAGCGGCUCUCAUAAUGGAUGAGGAAUACGAAGAUGGUCGCAUGAAUGGCCGAAAAUAUCCAAGUGGCAUCUUUGCAGGACGUCUGCGAAAGUAUCUCUUCAAAGAGCAUUUGGGUCUUUUGGAAGAAGGUGCCUCCCGUUUGAAUUUGGAUAUUAGUGAUCCGGUUUGUGAUAAAUUUUGGCAUGGCACUUGGAGACACAUUUCCACCAAGAACACUGAGAUUUACGAUGAGGUAUUCAAGUGCAUACCCACUGAUGCAGUCACAACAUUUGCAAGUUUGCGUAAAUAUCAAGAAGAACCACCUUUGGCCAAAGUUGAGCCAGAAAAGGCAGCCAAACGUGCCAAUGAAAUUCAGGGUUACCUGGUCAAUUUACCUUUGGAGUUCCUCAACAAAGAAGUCCUUACACCACCCGGUACAAGCAAAGAGGGCCUUCUACCUCCUUCUGUAUGGACAUAGUCUGCCAAAUGUCUUUAAGACAAAAAUACAACUAGAUUUUCUUUUUAAAUUCUAAUAUAUGAGGUCUCGCGGUCUUAGAUUAAGUUUUUUUUUACCCACCAAAUGCGCUUAAAACUUUUCAAGUUAUUAUUGCCAAGUCAGAAAUGUUUAUAUAUUUUUUUUGUAUAUACUUACAAUUACACUUUUUUGCCUUUAUUAUAUUAUAGUUAAUUUAUUUUACGGUAAUGUCAAUGUCCCCCUAUUAUAUUUAAGUCAUAAUUUGUUAAUUUAUUUCGUAAGAAAACGAAUGUUUAAAAUCAGUAUUUUAGACAAUUUACACACACCCAGAAAAAAAAAGAUAAGAAAAACCUAUGAAGAUUAAAA